AUGGGCGGGGUCAAGACUUUCAUGACGCCGACAGAGGCGCUGGCUCGCGAGUCGGAGUUCAUCGCGGGGGAGAAGGAUCGGGCCGGCCUCUCGUUGGCGGAUGGCGGCAGCGUGCAGGAGGAAAUUGAGAUUGGGGUGCAGCGUGUUGCGGACGAGAUUGAGCGGCGCUUUCUGGGGGAGAAGAUCGUGCUCUGUGGGAUCCUCAAGGGCGCCUUCAUCUUCAUCACAGACCUGUGCCGUCGCCUCAAGCGCCCGUACAGCGUCUACUUUGUAGAGGCGUCAUCGUACGUCGGGCAGAAGCAGUCGGCCGAAGUCGAGCUCCUCAGCCGCAUUGUCCCGAGCAAGUUCGCGGGGCGCAAGGCGAGUCGGCGCCUGUAG